AUGGAUCUGCUGAAAUUACUCUUUUGGAAUUGCCGCGGUGCCGGCAAUAAAAACUUUAAGCGCCAUCUCACGGAGAUUCUCAGGACUCACAAACCGGAAAUCUUGAUACUCAUGGAAACCAAAGUUCAAUAUAGUAAAAUGGGCAAUUUCUUCAAUCGACUGGGAUUCACAGCGUCUACUAUAGUGGACCCCGUAGAUAGAGUUGGUGGGAUCUGGAUUAUAUGGAACACUAGCUAUGUCAAUGUGAGAGCAUCUGCUGUAAGUUCCCAAGUCAUACAUGUAACCGUACAUAAAGAGGACUAUGUAGAAUGGGUCAUUGCCGCUGUUUAUGCUAGCCCAAACCCUGUUCUAAGAGAGACCUUAUGGAAUAAUUUGGAAGAUGUUACAGCGAACAUGGACAAACCGUGGCUGGUCGCAGGUGAUUUCAGUGACUAUGCAAAUCAAAGUGAACGAAGGAGCUUCUUCAACAACCAAAGCACAACCAGACCUCAAAAAUUCCUUGACAGAGUCAAUAAAUACAACCUGAUUGAUCUGGGAAGUUCAGGACCCAGAAUGACUUAG